CUCGGUGGAUGACGAGGGCGAGCGUGGGCGCAUGGGAGGCAGAGGCAGGGAGGACGAGGAGCGGGAAUCCCAUGACGACGAUUCGGUUGUCACCACACCAUCACGACGAAGAUGUGAGGAUGAUGACGAGAUGAAGCUGCGGGCACACGACCACGGAAAGGGCUCUCCAGGACCCUAUAAGAACUCCUGCUCUCUCGUACUAACCAGCUUCGACCCCCUUUCACCACCUGACCACUCUACUCCAAAACACGAACACAUCAAUUCUACCACCACACUUCUAAUCCCCCCACUAUGUCAGACUUCCACCAGACCACCGUCGUCGGUAACGCUAGCAACCUCGAGCCCGCCCUCUCGCAAUCCCGAGCCGCCGGCGAGCCCAUCUCUGACGCUCCCCGUGCCGUCGCCGUCGACGACGCUCGAGCCAACACCCAGGCCUUGGGUCAGGACGCCAGGCUUUACGGUCAGGCCGUCGGUCAGGAGGCCAAGGACGCCGCCAACUCGACCGCUCAGCAGGCUCAGCAGAAGGGUCAACAGCUCUCCAACUCUGCUCAAGAGACCGCCAAGAACGUCCAGGCUUCCGCUCAGGACACCGCUGCUCGGGCUCAGGAGACCGCCAAGCGGGCACAGGAGCAGGCUGGACAAAAGCUGAACCAGGCUGGGAACAAAUUGAACCAGGCCGCUGGACAGGCCAACGAGAGGCUGCACGCUGUUGGCGAGCAGGUCGCUCAUCACCCCUUGGUGCAGGACGCUACCAGGCAGACUCAGCAGCAGUUGAACGUUCUCGACCAGCAGCUCGCUAGGUUCGGCUUCCUCAACGAGUUCGAGGCCAGGACCAACAUCCCCAAGACGUAUGGUGUCCUCGGAUUUUCCGCUACCAUCGCCCUCUUGAUCCUCCUCAACCUCUUCGGCCUCGCUCAACCCAUCACCAACCUGAUCGGAUGGGCCCUCCCCGCCUACCUCACCUGCCACGCGCUCGAGUCCCCUCAGAAGGGUGACGACGCCCAAUGGCUCUGCUACUGGAUCGUCUUCGGCUUCCUCAACUACAUCGAGUCUGCCGCUCUCCGAGUCGUCCUCUACUACGUCCCCCACUACUUUACCAUCAAGUUGGCCUUUACCGUCUGGUUGAUGUUGCCCCAGACCCGAGGUGCCGAGAGGGUCUACUACUCGGCCUUGAGGCCCUUGUUCCAGCAGGGAAAGGCCAAGGCUAGGGAGAUCAACGCCAACUCGCCCGCCACCUCGCAGUUCGGUGCCGGCGUCUCCUCGUCCAACCGAUUCGGAACCACCUCGUCCGGUUUGAACAACGACAACUCGGUCGGUUACUCUACCGGUAUCAACACCCGAUCCACCGGUGCUCACGACAACAACCCCUUCACCGCCACUUCUGCCGCUGGGGGUGUCGGAGCCGGCUUCGAGGGUAUGCAGACCACCGAGGCUGGUAGCAUCGGACGAGUCGGUGGAAUCGUCGUCCCCCCUGCCGCCGGAUUGCCUCUCCCCGAGAACCCUAUGGGUGCCGGAGCCAGGUACUAGAGCGUCGCAGAGAAUCCCGAUCGCACGGUGACUUUCUCUCCGCCUAGAUGUCUUGUUUUACGAAUCGCUACAAAAUCUCAAAGGAACGAUACGAUACACGAACGACCUCUCCUCCUAUACUCUUCUUUCUGCCCGAAUAUAUAAAAGUCUCUUCCGGAGGUGUUUUCGGCAACGCUUUCGUCGCAAGGGUAUUACUGCUGUACGCUACAACCAAAACGUCGAUUUUAAUAAUGUAUCCGAUUAGGAAUAUUCGAUCUGAUGUGAUGCAACUUUUGGUCUGA